AUGAAGGACAUCGGUGCCCGACCUUGGGCGGCGAAGACCAUCGAGGACGCGCAGGGUCUGAUUUCUACGCUGAAGAACUCUCAUUGGGUCACCGGUAAAUUACGGGAGCAGAAUUCGCUUGUUCUUCUCAAGCCGGCAGGCACGCGCUUCGGCACCAACUACAUUGCUUUGGAGCGACUUCUUAAGGUGCGGGAGGUAUUGGAUCGGCUGGUGACGACCAAAGGAUGGGAGGAACAUGCGGCGAAGAAGGAGGCGGCGACGAAGGAGAAAUUCAAGGGUGUCAAGACAUCGGUUAGAGACGACAACUUCUGGAAAGGGGUCGAGCAAGUGCUGAAGGUUCUCAAGCCGGUUUACGUGCUGCUUCGAGAGAUUGACGGCAACCAAGAGCUUGAGAAGAUCUUUGGCGUGGACAAGGAGUGCUCAAGGAUAUUUCGACGAUUCAUUCGAGAAUACUAUGAUGGAGAGGUGGUGGUCGAUGAGGACGGCGACUCCAAGCCCAUGGCUACUGUGAUUGAAGAGGAGUUGAUGAUCUACCUUCAAGGCGUUGGGGAAAUUGGGGAUAAGAAAGCACGCGAGGAUCACGAGCUCAUCAAAAAGGGUAAGCAGGAUCCUGUCCAUUGGUGGAAAUUCAACGGGUGUGAUUGUCCCAAUCUCUCGAAGCUUGCUUGCAGAGUGCUGAAGCAGUGUGUCUCUGCGUCAACCUGCGAGACCAACUGGUCGGUGUGGGAAUCUGUUCACACUGUUCGCCGUAACCGUCUUGGUCCAAGGCGGUUGGCGGAUCUUGUGUACGUCACCCACAACUACAACACCGUGCGCAAGCUGCAUGCGGAACAAGCCAAGAAUCGUAUGGUUGCAGGAACGACAGUUGGACGGGUGGAGGAGGAGGAGAAGGACGAUACCUACGAGCCACUCGAUGACGAGGAACUCGAGGAUUGCUGUUACGAGGAGUCGAAGGAUGAUGUUUAG